UCAAAAUAUUUCCACAGACAGUCGCUGAACUUCAACCCGAGUCUCGAGAUAUCGUUUUACAACGUUUUAUUAAACACUAAAACAGGCCAGAUGGCUGGUUUACCCCCGGGUGACCCUCAGCUGGUCGCAAUGAUCGUAAAUCAUUUAAAAACACAGGGGCUUUUUGACCAGUUCAGGAGAGACUGCUUGGCGGAUGUCGAUACAAAGCCUGCAUACCUGCACUUGAGACAGCGAGUGGACAACUUCGUGUCCAAUCACCUGUCAAACCACACAUGGAGUCCUCAGCUCAACAAGAACCAGCUGAGGAACAGCAUCAGGCAACUCGUACUGCAGUCAGGCUUGCUGGAGCAGGGCGUAGAUCGGAUUGUAGCGCAGGUCGUUGACCCCAAAGUUCAGCACACCUUUCGGCCACAGGUGGAACGUGUUGUCCGUCAGUUCCUGUCUCCCGGUAACCACGUGGAGGAAGAGGAGUUUCCACAUGAGUUCACGCAGGUGGUGGAAAACCAGGAAGCUCAGCAGCUGUCGCAAGCAAUGUCCUCAGCGCUGAUCUCAGACUCUGCCCCCUAUGAGACACUGGACGGAGGAGUGGAACACAUGAGCUUGGUAGAGGAUGAUGACAAGGAAGUGGAGAUGGCAAAAGAAAAGGAGCAACAGCAGGAAGAGAAUCGUGGAGAAAACGAAGACCAGGUGAAGAAAGAGCGAGAGAAGGAGAUGGAGGAGGGACAGAAAGAUUCGAUGGAGGUAGACAUGAAGACAGAACAUCCUGAGGAGGUCAAGAAAGAGGAAGAAGAAGAAGAGCGAGAAGAGGAGAUGCAGGGGGAGGAGGAAAAGAAAGGGGAUGAGGAAAAAGAAAAGAAAGGAGAGGAUGCGAGAGAGAAGAAAUCGUCAGCGAAGAGCAAGGAGGAGAGCACGGAAAAAAUGCACAUUCGCCAGAAAGCAAGAGAACGACUAAAAGAAGAAUACUCUCUUGAGGACUCAGAUCUGGAAGGUUUGAGCGACAUCACAGUAAGCUCUGUUCACACCAGCGAUCUUUCGUCUUUUGACGAGGACAGUGAGGACGAAGACCCUCCUUCUGAAUCCACAGAGGAAGGAGAGAUCACCUCAGAAGAUGAAAAGGCACGAAAUAAAGAUCCCGGAGAGGAAUCUGAUGAGAACAAGGAGAAAAAACCCCGUGGUUCACGUCAAGGCUAUGUUCACAAGCCUUUCCUUUACUCUCGUUACUAUAGCGACUCUGAUGAUGAGGUUACAGUGGAGCAGCGACGUCGUUCUGCAGCGAAGGACAAAGAGGAAAGACUGCUAAAGAGGCAACAGAAUCGUGAGCGUCUUGAGGAAAGGAGGAGGCAAAAGGCAGCGCAGGCAGAGCUACAGGAAAAAGAAAGGCAGGAGGUUCAGAGACCGCAAGCAAAGGAGGCACGGAAAGAGAAGAAAGUUCUGGAAAAGAAAGUGGCACUCAGCAGGAAGAGGAAGAGAGACUCACGGAAGCAGGAUGACUCUGGCACCAAGAAGAGAAGUGACGGAGAUCCCGAUUCUGUAAAAAAAGAUGAUGCAGUAAAGCCUAAAGUAGUCUCUCAGAAGCCUGUUAAGAAGCUGUCUGAGGAGGAGCAGCGGAGGAGGAAGAGCACUUCGGAAGACUCAACCGAGCCACGCAAAAUCCUUGACAAAAACCGCACGCACUCGUUCAUCCUGGAACUUGAGCUGGGAACUGAGGAGGCGCUUAGGCAGAGAGGUGGGGGGAAGAACGAGCGACAUGCUCGCAAAGAAAAAGGGCGAAAUGAGAAUGAGCGCAGUGUGUCGGACGAGCGAGGCAGGAGCAAACAAAAGCCAGAAGGCAAGAAAGUGGGAGAUGCUCCGGCAGACGAGAAGGAGGGAGGAGUAGUCAAAAGUUCAGGUGAUGAGAAAAAGGGGUCAAAGUUUAAAGGAGAAAAGAAGGGCUCGGGGUCAGCAAAGGAGGGAAGACUUUCUGUCACAGAGGGGUCAGCCCCAGAGGAGGGAACGACCAAGGAUUUGAAGAAAGAAAAGACGCACUCUGAGGCCGUCAAAGAAAAAACAAAAGGAGAGAAAUCACUGGGCAAAACUGAGCCGAAACAGCAGCUCCGUUUAGAUUCCACUGGCUCCACGGAGGAAAGGUCCGAAGGUGAGGCUGUCCCUGAUUUCAACAAAAAGAAAGACAAGCAAGCGAAAGACAUUUUGAAGCGGUCAAAGAGUCACCCAGAGGUUAAAUCUCUAGAGAAAGUUAAGGUCCGGCAAGAUGGCAAAGAUGUAGGUGCUGGUAGCAAGAGCUCUACUACAGACAAGGUCAAGAAUUCAGAGGCAGCCUCGAAGGUCAAAACAGUGUCAGAGAAAACACGAUCCAAGUCCAGAGACGACAUGAAAUUUCAGAAUCCUUUAGCGACCAAGGCUGACAAAAAAGCCACAGGUCUGGAAAUGAAGGCUAAAGCAGGAGCGGCUCCCAGCAAGCCAGACUCCUCCAAGGAAAAGAAAAAGGAGGGAUUUAUGAAAGACGACAGGAGAUUCUCAGAAGAUCGUGUUGAGAAAGGGAAGGAUUUAAAGAUUGCAAAGAAAAUAAGUGAGAAGAAGGCAAAGGAGUCAGAGAAGAAGGCAGGAGAUAGUGAAAACGAAAGAAAAAUAUUAGAAGGGGAUGACCUUUCUUCCAGUUCCUCUGCUCCAUCAGGAGUUGCUGAAGAGGUACAGGCUGAAGCCGUAAUAGCUUCUGAGCCUUCAAACACUCAAGCGAAACAAGAUUUAGGGUCCCUUGCAACGUCUGACCUUACAGCUCAGCCAGUUUCAGAAUCUGACCUUAAAACCAUGCAGGUCUUGGCGCCUCUUACAGAGUCUCAUGUCUCAACCCCACAGUCCUUAGAUUCUGCUGCAGAGUCUGAUUCCACAGACCAGUCCAUCUCAGAGUCUCUUAAGAAGUCUGAUCCUGCUUCAGAUUCACAAGCUAUGGAUACAGAGUCUGAUCUUGCAGCUUUACAAUCCACAGAUGCGGAAUCUAAUCUAACGGCGUCACAAACCAUGGAUACAGAGUCUGAACCUACAGCACCACAAACCAUAGAUACAGAGUCUGAUCUUAGAUCCCCACAGGCCGAUGCUACAAAAUCCGAUCCCGCAUCACAACCUGUUGUCAGUGUACCUAUGGAAUCUUCAGAAGAAUUACCUACAGAGUCUGAUCUUGCUGCGGCAACACCAUCACAAUCCUCUGCUUCUAAUCUUACAGUCUCCGAGUCUUCACAUUUAAAUGAAAGGUCUGAUCUUGUGAGUCUUGACUCCUCAGAGUCUAAUUUUACAAAUCUUGAAACAUCGAACCAAAUGAAAUCACAUACUGAUCCCACACAUCCUCAGUCUUCAGACUCAAUCCCAGAAGUUCCGGAGUCUUCGAACUCCAUCCCAGAGUCUGAUCUCACUGUUGCCCAGCCCUCAAACCCAGUCCCAGCAACUGAAUUCGCGGUCCAUCAAGGUUCAGACAGACUUCCCAGUCCAGUCCCUCCUGACGCUAACAACACCCCUGUCUCUGACGACAUGUUCGAUGCCCUAAGCGACAUCACUCCAGAUCCUGAAGACGACGAAGAAGCCACUAUUCCAGCAGAGGCGGAUGCGCUCCUGUCUUUGAUGGAUGUUUGUGCUUCUGCAGCCGUCCGCAACUCUGUUGGUGCGUCUCAUGGACAAGAAGCUGAGAGUUCGUUCCAGGACGCAGAUAUCAAGAUGAAGGAAGCAGCGCUAACGUUACUAUCCAUGGAUCCCGAUCAGGCAGUUUCACCAAGCUUUAUCACUGAAGAAGCACAUGUUGCUGGGCAACAGGUGGAGUCGUCUCCCCCAACGCAAGUUGAUGUAAUAAGUGCAGUGGAGCCAAGUGAAGUUGCGAAUGAGUCUGAAGGCGAAUCUUCAGCUUGUGUCUUGGAUGAAGGUGACAAACACACUGAAGACACUAAAGAUAAGCCCACAGACAUAGUGUCUAAAGAGGAAGCAACAACUCAGAUCAACAACGGUGACACUGGAUCUAAAGAAAAGUCUGAUGUUUCAAACCCAGAAAUCUCUUCUAAUGAUGAACCAGCAGGAGAGUCUACUGCGAUCGCUGCCAGUCAAAUGCACACGCAAGCUCCGAGUGAAAGUAUACACGCAGCUGAGGGCUUAAAGGAAGAGCGAUUUGGUCAGCCAGUCGCUAGUGUUGCUGUAGAGCAAGUUACCCGUACUAACUUUACACAGACGCAGAUCUCUACCUAUAUUCAGAGAAUGGCGGCGAAUAUAAAUCCAGCACCUGCCUGCUUAAAAGCAGAUAGUAAAAUGGAGAGCACGACGCAUGAGGCCCGGGCGCAGGAGGCCCGGGCACAGGAGGCCCGGGCGCAGGAGGCCCAUGUAGAACAGGCGCAGGAGGCCCAUGCCCUGGAGGCCCAGGCAAAGAUGACACAUGCAGCACAGGUGCAGGAGGCCCAAGCGCAGGAGACUCAUGCACCACAUGCACAGGAAGUCCAGGUGCAGGAGGCCCAAUCGCAGGAAGUCCAGGCACAGGGAGCCCAGGCAGCACAGGUGCAGGAGGCCCAAUCGCAGGAAGUCCGGGUGCAGGAGGCCCAAUCGCAGGAAGUCCGGGUGCAGGAGGCCCAAUCGCAGGAAGUCCGGGUGCAGGAGGCCCAAUCGCAGGAAGUCCAGGUGCAGGAGGCCCAAUCGCAGGAAGUCCGGGUGCAGGAGGCCCAAUCGCAGGAAGUCCGGGUGCAGGAGGCCCAAUCGCAGGAAGUCCGGGUGCAGGAGGCCCAAUCGCAGGAAGUCCGGGUGCAGGAGGCCCAAUCGCAGGAAGUCCGGGUGCAGGAGGCCCAAUCGCAGGAAGUCCGGGUGCAGGAGGCCCAAUCGCAGGAAGUCCGGGUGCAGGAGGCCCAAUCGCAGGAAGUCCGGGUGCAGGAGGCCCAAUCGCAGGAAGUCCGGGUGCAGGAGGCCCAAUCGCAGGAAGUCCGGGUGCAGGAGGCCCAAUCGCAGGAAGUCCAGGCACAGGAAGCCCAGGCAGCACAGGUGCAGGAGGCCCAAACGCAGGAAGUCCAGGUGCAGGAAGCCCAGGCAGCACAGGAUCAGGAAGCCCAUGCAGCACAGGUGCAGGAGGCCAAAAUGCAGGAGGCCCAGGCACAAGAGGCCUAUGCAGCACAGAUGCAGGAGGCUCAAGUGCGGGGGGCCGAGGCACAAGAUGCCCAUGAUGCACAAGUGCAGGAGGAUGAGGCACAAGAUGCCCUUGCAGCACAGGUGCCGGAGGCCCAAGUGCCAGAGAUCCAGAUGCAAGGGGCUCAAGAACAGGAUGCACUGGUGCAGGAGACAUGUGUGAAGGACGUCCAGGUGCCGGAUAAAACUGCACAUGAGCAGGAGGCACAGAUCCAGGAUGUGCAGAGUCAAAAGGCAGAAGUGCAAAAGGCACAGGAGACUCAGAUGCAUGAGGCAGAGCCCCAGGAAAUGGAAGAGUCACAGACACAGGAGGCACAGGGUCAGGACACGCAGGAGGCAAAGUUACAGGAGCAAGACCCACAAGUUCAGGAGGCGCAGGAGGCUCAGGUAAAGGAAGCCCAGCCGCAGGAGCCCCAGUCACAGGAGGCAAGUGCGCCAGAUGCUCACACACAGGAGGGAAAGUCGCUAGAGGUGAAAACCCAGGAUGCACAGAAGCAGCCAGCACGGAGAGGGCGGCGUCCUAAACUAGUUAAACAAGCCAGUAGCGCAUCCAAAUCAGAUGGACAAGAAGGGGACAAAUCUGAUGUGUCAGAAGUGGAUGAGGGUCUAGAAGGCAGAAUAACCCGCAAGGGACGAUGGUCCAGUCAAAGAGCAGCAUCAGCCAAGGAAACUGAGAGUGUGACCGAGGAAGAAGAAGAAGGAAAAGAAGAGGAUGGAGACACAGAAAAAGCUGAGGAAGAAGAGCCGGUGAAAAAGACUCCACGCCGAGGCAGAUCCUCCAAAACCACUUCUAACGAGGAUGACUUGGCCAAACCUCAGACCAGUCCAGAUGCCAAAGACACAGAGGCUAACAAGCCAGAGCAUAAAAAAAGUGAGAAAGAGGAGGUUGAAGAAGAAAGAAAGAGACUUCAGUUACCAGUUGCUUCAAAAGAAGAAGCUACAUCAAAGCCUGAAAAUGCCGAGUCUACAGGAGAGGAAAUGGAGCAAAAAGAGGUGCGUCGGGGAAGGCGUUCUGGUGCUCAGGUCGCCCCUGCGGUGAAACCAGCACUGAGGAGAAAGAGAUCUGAACAAGCUGAGGAUGCUGAGAAAGAAGCUGCGGCUGAGGAGAAGGAAGAAGAGCCUGUCAAGAGAGCACGACAAGACAGCGAGAGUGUGACUGAGGAAGAAGAAGAAGGAAAAGAAGAGAAAAAAGAUGAGGAUGGAGACACAGAGAAAGCUGAGGACGAGGAGCCAGUGAAAAAGACUCCACGCCGAGGCAGAUCCUGCAAAACCACUUCUAACGUAGAUGACCCAGGUGUGACACAAUUUUGUGUGUGUUUAUUGUGUUUUAAGGUUAUUUUACUUUGCUUUAUUCACUAAAAUGACUUUUUUUUUUAUUAGCAGUCCAAGAAAAGAGGGAAGGAGAGACAGAGACAGGAGAAGAAGACGAAAAACAGGAAGAGGAGGAUACAAAAAUUAGAGCCACAACACGUUCGGCAUCUCGGCUGGAGGCUGAGAAAAAUAAGCCCAGUAAACCAUCAACCAGAGCAGUAAGCAAACUGAGUGGAAAAGAAGAAAGCUCUUCAAACACACGUUCCUCCCGAUCUCAGAGUGCUGCUGCAGUGAAGGGACGUAAGGGUGAGUCAAGUUCUCCAACACCUCGCACCCGUGCCGGCAACAAAACUGAAGAGCCGCCCUCAAAGAGAACCAAACGAUGAUGUAAAUUUUUGUAUAUUUGUUUGUAUAUAUGUAUGUCUGUUCGUACCCCAGUCAGCCUUAUGUUAAUUACUUAUUCUGUUUGGUGCAAAGUGAGAUGUCUUUUUAACCCCACUGAGACUCUCCCAGCUUUGUGCACUCAGCAUUAGUGGCAAGCAGUCCGUUUUAUAACCAGCUAACAUUAGCAGUUAACAGUGUUAGACUUUCUUCUUGUGUACAGCUUAUCCCAGAGUUCCUGCACAAUUUGAGCUAAAAAAAUUGUGCUAGAGUCUGUUCUUGAAUGCAUUCUAAGAAAGCCAUAGAAGCAGAACUCGCUGUAUUUUUUUUCUAUAGGUCGUAGUGUUUUCAUUUUUUUCCCCACAAGAAAAGUGAAUAUUCUAGAACUUUUUAAAAGUGUUCUACAAUGUGUUUUUAGAAGCACCUUGAAGCCGUUUGCUUUUGCUGCAGGACACAGUGUGUUCUCGAUCAUUCUCAGAUUAGAGCAUGUGUUGGAAAUGUAAAGAGUUCUAGAAUGCAUUUUCAGAAUGUUCUAAAAUCAUUGGUUUACUUGAUCUGAGGUAAAUGCUCUUGUGUUCUGGAUUCAGAAGAGGAUAGAUUUUCAAGAGGAAAGAAAACAUUUCUUGUUGGAAAAUCAAGAAACAAGCAUGUUCUGAAGUUCUCAAAAAUCCACUGUUCAGCAUAUUUCAGAAAGAACCACACUUUGUUCCACUAAUGUUCUUAGUAAUGUUGGUUGAAAUGAUAAGAAAAAGAUAGCCAUACUGGUCUGCUGUUGCUUUCAGAACAGUGCAUUCAUACAUGCUUGCAUGUAUCCGUUAUACACACACUUUCCUGUGUUUGGUUCUUACACUGAGAAUGAGAGGAACUAUGCUUUUACACAUGUGCCAAAAAUCAGUAACACAAGUUUUGCAUAAAAUAUUUAAGAAUGUUGGUCUUGUUUUUCUUUUUGUUUUGUUUUUAAACUGGCAAGGUACAUUUUGUGAUAUUGUGGUAGUAUCAUAAACCUUGGUUCUGAUAUAAGCAUAUAAACCAAUGUUCAAUACAGUGCUGUCUACACUCCUAAAAAUAUUUUAGUCUAGAUGUUUUUUUUUUUUUAUUUCUUAAGAGUGUACAUGUUUCACGUUUUGUUUAUUCUGCAAUUUUGAUGUGUUUAGUUGCAUGUGUGCUAAUCCUGUUGGCAUGUUCAACAUGAAGACACUCAUUCUGUGAAUGUAAAAGACUCAGAUAUUUCUUUUAUACAUUUAGCUUUUAUUAUAAAGGCCACUGGGACCAUGA